AUAUAAAAGCCAAUGAGAGCUACAAAUUAAAAAUAAGGGAUUCAACUACAUACUUCACACUAGCUCUUGCUGUUACAGGGAGGGAUCGGAGCUCUUACAUUUCAAAUUAUAAAGGCAGCAGCAAGAGGCAAGAGGCAAGAGGCAAGAAGCAAGAGGCAACCUCCUCUCUCCUUUGAGUUUGAGACAUGAUGAGGACGCCCAAGUUUAUUGCGUUGUUUAUCUACUAUUUAUGUGCUUUGACAUGCUCUUUCCCUCUGCCUGCUUCCUCUGAUGAUGAUGCUGAUGGGUUACUGAGAAUCGGUUUAAAGAAGAGAAGCUUGGAUCUUGACACUCUAAAUGCUGCAAGAAUUAUUAGCAAAGAUGGCGGCAAGUAUGCAAUCGACCUCAAAGACAUCUGUAGUAAUCUGAAUGGUUCAGGCGCAGGUACCGUGUCCCCAAAAACUCGCUUGGUCUGCCCUAAGUUGGGUGAGUCAGAUGCAUAUAAAGUAUUUCUCAGUAAUAUCCUCAAUACCCGAUACUUUGGGGAGAUCGGUAUUGGUUCACCACUUCAGAACUUCACUGUUGUCUUCGACACCGGCAGUUCUAACCUCUGGGUUCUUUCAUCCAAGUGCCGUUAUUCUAUAAACUGUUAUUUACAUUCCAAAUAUAUUUCAGGCCGGUCCAGUACAUAUACAAAAAUCGGGAAGAAUUAUAGUAUAAUUUAUGGGUCUAGAUCAAUUUCUGGCUUCUUCAGCGGAGAUAAUGUACAAAUGGGAAAUUUCAUCGUUAAAGAUCAAACUUUCGCUGAGGUUACACGAGAAAGAAGUCUCACCUUGUUAAUGGCAGAAUUUGAUGGAAUCAUGGGGUUGGGAUUUCAAGAAAAAUCUGCAGGAAAUGUUUUACCUAUCUGGUACAGCAUGGGGGAACAAGGUCUUUUACGUGACAAGGUCUUCUCCUUCUGGUUCAAUCGAAAUACAGAGGCUGAGAAAGCGGGUGAGAUCAUCUUUGGUGGUGUUGAUCCCAAACACUUUAAAGGAAAGCAUACCUAUAUACCGGUUGCUCAAAAGGGCUUCUGGCAGGUUGAAAUGGGUGAUUUUCUUAUUGGGGGCCGUUCAACAGAAAUUUGUAAGGGUGGAUGUACUGCGAUCGUGGAUUCAGGGACUUCUUUAAUAGCUGGUCCACCUGAGAUUGUAGCACAAAUUAAUCAUGCCAUUGGAGCAGGAGGACUAGCGAAUAUGGAAUGUAGACAGCUGGUGCGUAUGGUUGGAGGAGUAAUGAUGGAACUUAUACUUUCACAGGUCAAAUCCGGGAAACUUUGUUCAAUGAUCAGUGUCUGCAGUUAUAAUAGCACAGAGCAUGAGAGAAAUGGGAUUGAGAUGGUGACGGAUCAUGGAAGCCAAAGUGGGAAUAAGGGAUCAUCCCAUAGUUAUACAUUGUCCACUCGAGGUGUUCCAUGCGCCAUGUGCAAGAUGCUGGUUACUUUGGUCAAAAUCUUGCUCAAACAAAAAGACAUUGUGGACUAUGUGUUCAACUACCUUGGCAGUUUGUGCGACUACAUGCCCUUGCCACGUGGAAAAGCAUUUGUUGAUUGCAAUAGAAUCCCAGAUAUGCCAAAUGUUUCAUUUACCAUUGGGAAGCAUUCCUUCCACUUAACUCCACAACAAUACAUUCUUAAAACUGGUGAAGGCGAUGCCACUACAUGCCUCAGCGGGUUUGUCCCACUAGAUGCGCCUCCUCCUCCUCCCGGAGGUCCACUUUGGAUCCUUGGAGAUAUGUUCAUGCAGGUGUACCACACUGUCUUCGAUUUUGGUAACCUCCAAAUAGGGUUUGCAGAAGCUGCAUAAUCACCAUAUUGCGUUCGCGCGCGUGCUACCAUGCUACCACUCCUCUUUCUUUUUAUUUCUUUUCGUUUUCAACGCAACUUUGAUUUAUCUCUCUCUCCCUUUUGCACUUAUUAUAUAUUGAAAGCUGGCAUAUAUCAUUCAUAAAA